AUGUACAGUUCAUUUCUAUUGGCACUGCUGAACCUGCAAAUUAUACUGGCGGCUGAGAAGAAGGAGACGGGCGACGAUGCGACUGCAGACUCGACGAAGACAGAGCAGCAGCAGACGGUGACAGAGGGCGAGAAACUGGACCCAAGUGCAAUCAUAGGAGGAAGAGACUUUGUUUGUGUUAAGUGCCUUGAUAACGGCGUGGAUUCAAGCAGCGAUGCAACGAAGGACUGCUGCGACUGCUGCUGUGAGAAUGACGACCCAUGUGAUGGAACAAUCAAGCCAAAUCCACCACCAUGUGCAUGUUUGGAUGAGACUGGAAACAUUGAUCCAAAGAGAGGGUACUAA